AGGCCGGCCGGAGCCUGUCCAAAGCGGCCGACCUGGACCAUCACUGGGUGGCCAAGGCCUGGCUGAAUGACAUCGGCCUGUCCCAGUACUCCCAGGCCUUCCAAAACCACCUGGUCGAUGGGCGGAUGCUGAACUCCCUGAUGAAGCGGGACCUGGAGAAGCACCUGAAUGUGUCCAAGAAGUUCCACCAGGUCAGCAUCCUGCUGGGGAUCGAGCUGCUGUACCAAGUGAACUUCAGCAGGGAGGCCCUCCAGGAGCGCCGGGCCCGCUGCGAGACACAGAACACAGACCCUGUCGUCUGGACCAACCAGCGGGUGCUCAAGUGGGUGCGAGACAUUGACCUGAAGGAGUAUGCGGACAACCUGACCAACAGCGGGGUCCACGGCGCCGUGCUGGUGCUGGAGCCCACGUUUACUGCCGAGGCCAUGGCCACCGCCCUGGGCAUCCCCAGCGGGAAGCACAUCCUCCGGAGACACCUGGCGGAGGAGAUGAGCGCCAUCUUCCCCCCGGCCACCUCCACGGGCACCCGGGAGGCUGAGCGCUUCGGAACGCCCCCCGGGCGGGCCCCCGGCACCCCCCGGGCGGGGAAGGAGGAGAACAGCAGUGGCAUCAGGCACAAGGCUGGCCGGCUGCCCCUGGGGAAGAUAGGGCGGGGCUUUGGCAGCAAAGAGCCCGAUUUCCAUGAUGACUACGGCUCCCUCCACAACGAAGACUGCGGGGACGAGGACCUCGAGGGCCGGCCAGAGCAGUGCCGCCUGGAGGGCUACAAUGGCCUGGAGGUCACCAACGUGUGAGGAGCCGAUGCUUGAUGCUCGGCCAGACCCAACAUGGGAGUCACCUGGAGGAAGAGGAGCCGGACACCAUCGCCCCUGUACAUAGUGCCCGCGGCUGAGGAGGCGCCUCGGUCCCGGGGAAAUCCCCGCAGACGCCACAGCUUCAGAUGGGAGCACAGGAAGCCAGGAGGCGCCCACCAGGGACAUCCCGCUCAGCGGAAGGGCACUGGCCCCAGGACCUGUCAUAUGCCAGCCCCUCCACCACCCAGGCCCCACCCCAGAGUGACUGUCAGUGCUGUCCUAGCUGCCAAGGCGGAAAGGGGCCCCGACGCCCCAUCCGGGAGGAGCAGGUGGGCUCCACGCAGACAUGUGAGCCCCACAGGCAAAGCCCAACGUUGACCCGUCAGCAGGUGACCCUCCAGCCAGCGAGGCGGCAGGAAAGGCUGCCCACGGCCCAGACGCCACAUGGCAGGAGGGCGCGGCCCAGCAUCCUCGCCCCCGUGACUGAGAGCCUGGGUCCCCUGUGGGGUUGCUGAGCCCCUCUUGGGAGCAAGCGGAACGGGGGAGUCAUUGUCUCUGCCCCGAAAGCCCCGGUCACGGGGAGUGGACGUGUGGGAGUAAUUGCUCGUCCUCCCAGGAGCAGCUCCCCGGGUGGGCGCAGGUGGAUGGUCCGUGUGGGGCGGGGCUUGGCAAUGACAGUCCCAGGAAAUGCAGCCUCCUGUCAUCGGGCCAAGGGCAGGUGAGGGCAGGCUCAGGGAUGAUGGAGGGAGGCCCGGGACAACUGUGCCCCAUGUGGCAGCGGAUCCGGGAUCGGGGCAGGGAGUGCACAUUGCUACCCCCACAAACCUUUGUCGCUGUGAUGGCUGUCGCCUGCACAGAGGGAUCCUGGCUGAGAUGAGCCCCACAGAGCCAGGCCGAUGGGAUGGCGGAGGGAGCCGCGGGCCUCUGCCUGACUCGCACUGUGUGCUGUGCGGCUUCUCCCGGCAUCUCGCCUCUCUGCGCCUCAGCAUCCUCCUUUAACGCUGCUUCCAGCCAGGGGGGUGUGAGGACUAACACUUGCUAACGUCUGUAACGCACUCUGUAGCCUCUCGGGAGGCAGGUGGGAGUCGGGGGUCUAAUCCCCCAUUUACUACACAACACGGACAUGGACCUGCCCCUCUAACUCGGUUAUUUUGGAAACAACGUGCAAAAGGAGCACAAGACAUGUGGGAUAUUUCGACCCUUUAGCACUCCUGAUAGGGCUUGAGCGGGGAGAGGGAGGGAGGGAGGGAGAGAGAGAGAGACAGAGAGAGAGAGAGAGAGACCCCAUAGGCACAGCCCUUGGAAACCAGUUCGAUUCCAGGGAUCGGCUGGGCUUCCUGGACCCCGACGCUGAGUGACGAUCUGGGAAGGACAAAACGAGCAUUCCACUGACACUCGGUUAUGGAAGCGGGUCAUCUGUUGGAACCACGAUGCCCCACUUCCGUUGAAGCCAUGUGCCCGAGAGCCCAGGAGGACAGGGUGUGAAUUCCCAACACUUGAGUCCGCCUCGAAGACCUCUCCAACCCAGGGUGGGCGACACAGACCGAGCCCCGAGGAACUGGGGGGUCCCUCCGCGAGCCAGACCGCGCGUCUCCCCCACCGUGAUACGAGCACAGCCUCCCUCCCCCGGGGCCAGGUGCCUGGUGGGUGGGCAGGGAGACGCCCCCUCUUGUCCGAUGUUUGACCUCCUCGGGACACAGUUCUGAUUCCGGGGCCUGAGGCGUGGGACCUGCCCUGGCUUCGCUGCGGGUCCAGACCCCAGUGUCUCUGUGACACUCAGCCACACGCGGGCCGGAGCUGCAGAGCCCGCAGCCGGGGCAGGAGA